AUGCUUAAGGAGGAGCAUGAGGCAUCCAUGCUGGGGGUGCCCCAGAGCUCAGCUCCCGUGAUGACCACUGUGAUCAACAUCCGCAGCGAGACCUCUGUGCCCGAGCACAUUUUCUGGUCCCUGUUCAACACGCUUUUUACGUACUGGUGCUGCUGCCUGGGCUUCAUGGCAUUCAUCUACUCCAUGAAGUCUAGGGACUGGAAGAUGGUAGGUGACGUGACUUGGGCCCAGAACUAUGCAUCCAUGGGCAAGUUCCUGAACAUCUGCGCCCUGGUCAUGGGCUUCAUCGUGACUACAUUCUUCAUUAUGUCUUGCCUCUGGCUGACUGAUCUUUUUCCAUGCAUUUUAGUGAUCAUA